GCUUGCCUCACAUUUGAGACUAAAUGGGUUGUGUUUGACAGUGGCUCCCAAAUAUAAAAUGUGCUCUCCAGUAUUUACUGUUGCUGAGUAUGGUAGAAUCCUGCUGUUCUUCAUUUAAGUUCUAGUGAGAUUUCAUUUUAUGAUUAUUUUUUAAUAGUAGCGCCUAUAGGUAAAUGAGAUUGGGGCUCCAUUGUGGCUAAUGCUAUACAAAGGUAGAGUAAGACUGUCUCUGCCCUGAGGAAUUUACAACCUAAAUAAGAUAAUUUUCAGAGACAUGCAUAUGUGGCUCCACUGAUAUAAUUGUGCCUUUUAGAAGAGAUUGGAGGGGAAGGUGACGAUGGAAAAGAUUCUGAUACGGGGAGUCUUAUAGAUGCACUUAAUGCUGUAUCUUCUGAAUUUGAAAUUUAUGUACAAAGAUGUACAAUUAUGUGCCUACAUUUUGCCUCUUGCAAAUUGAACAUGUGAGUGUACAAAUCUCUCAGGUGUUCAGUUUUUACAGUUGUAGUAAUUGUGCACUCAAAUUUAGACAUACAGUUGUACAUGCAUUUCACAAACAGACCUCUGCUUUAAAUGUGACCCUGAAUGUUUGGAAGAAUACUUGGCUUUUGAAUGAUUUCCCCCCACCACCACCCUUUUAAUUUUUUUUUAAUGACAUAGAUCAUGACAGCCUUAGUAAAUGCUAUUUUUGUGAAUUUGUCCAGAUCUCUUGCUGUUAUGAAAUCUCCUCCUCCCUUAUGUAAGAGUACAGAGUUCUCUGGGAAACACAGCACUAUGUGACCACUUUGUGUUCAAGCUGCAGCUGUCAGGAUUUAUUAAUGCCUUCUGGAUAUAGACCUCUUGCUGUUAUGAAAUCCCCUUCUGGUGGGGAUUGUUGGUAGUAUGUAACAAAACUUUAGUGCGUUUCUAUCUGGGACUAUUUGAGCUAAUUGUAGGGGAAAAUCCAGAGGAUAAAUCUUUUUAUAUCUCCUCCUUUUAUUGGAAGGCCAAGAAAAAAGAUUCAGUAUUGUACCACAUGAAAUGGACAUGAUACCAUCACAAUGUAAUCAUCUGAUAUCUGCUGAAUUAAUAAGGACACCAGAAUAUAAGGAAGGUAAUAAUGAAGAUGAACAGACAGUUGCAGAAAUCAUGAGAAGGCGUUUUUCUCCUGCUGUUGUAACUAACAGACCCUGGGAAGGUUUUCAUUUUGCUGGCCAUGAGAUAAAAAUUAUAGAAGCCACCGAAUGUUAUGGGGCAGUAGUCUGGCCAUCGGCUCUUGUUCUAUGUCACUUUUUGGAAACAAAUGCUAAACAAUACAGCCUGGUUGAUAAAAGUGUAAUUGAAAUUGGAGCGGGAACAGGGCUGGUCUCCAUAGUAGCCACUUUACUUGGUGCACAUGUGACUGCCACGGAUCUGCCUGAAGUACUAGGAAACCUUCAGUACAAUAUUCUCAAAAAUACCAAAAUGAAAUGUAAGCAUCAGCCCCAGGUUAAAGAACUCUCCUGGGGAGUUGAUUUAGAGAAGAACUUUCCCAAGUCUUUGUGUCAGUUUGACUACAUCAUGGCUGCUGAUGUUGUGUACUACCAUCCCUUCCUGGAGGAGCUGCUUCUUACCUUCCAUCACUUGUGUCAGGACAACACUGUUAUUCUCUGGGCCAUGAGAUUCAGGCUGGACACAAAGAACCAAUUUAUGGGCAGAUUUCAGGAAUUGUUUGACCUGGAGGUAAUUUCCAAUUUCCCCAGUUUAAACAUAGCAUUGUAUAAGGCAAUGAGAAGAGGCAAGAAGAUGACGUGAUUUCCAACUUGAGUAUUAGAAAGUGUGUG